AUGUCUGAAAUUUUAAUCGGCUGGUUGAACAAUGAAGUUCAACUGUCGAAAAAGAUCGAGUCUACCAUGAAUUUGGCUGCCGAAUUUGCUAACGGUUAUUUAUUUGGUGAAGUUGCUAACAAAUUCGGAUUACAAGAUGAUUUUUCUCUAUUUAGUCAAAGCAAAAAUUCUUCGGCUCAAUUAAAUAAUUUUACCCGUUUGGAACGUACACUUCAUUUAUUAGAAAUACCAUUUAAUACGGGUACAGCUCGCCAUAUAAUGACACAAGAACGUGGUGCAGCCAGUCAACUACUCUAUCAGUUGUAUACCGCAUUAAAUCGGAAAAAGAAGCGAAAUUUAACUGGAACAGCUAUGGAAACAAUGACAGCACCAGCCACAAAAAUUUUAGCUCAAGCUGAGUCGCUCACCUAUCAAAAUUUAAUGAAGAAAAAAACGCCGCGUCAAUGCGAUUUAAAUAUCCUACAACUAAUAGCAAAACAUGAACAAUUUAAACAAAAGCAAGAUGAUCUCAUAUUCAAGCGAAAGUACGAAGAAGAAGAAGAGAAACGUCAAGAAAUCGAAUCGAAAAGACAAUAUUUAUUAGAUCGUUCGAAAGAAAAACGUCUUAAAGAUGUUGAGAUGAUGGCAAAAAUACGUAGUUCACCAGAUCUUGGCUAUGAUGUUGAAAUUGAACCAAUGGUAGCAAAUACAAUUGAUAUUCCCAAAACACCACCACUAUUAACAAAACAGGCUUUAGAAAGAAAGAAAAGACAACGAAAAGAAGAAACAAUGAAUGAUAUCAAAAAAUUUGAAAAACGUGUACUUACACAUUCAGAUUUUGAAGAUGAGGGUUUCGAUGAACAAACCAACAGUGAAUCAAUUAAUUUAGCUGAUAUUGAAGUAUCAGCACCAUAUGAACAAGAAAAUGCACCAAAACCAUCAACAGAUAUCACCGAAUACAUACAUUCUAAAACAACAUCGGGCAUCGAUCCAUACAUAAUGGAAAUUCGUCGACGUUUACAAGAAGAUAUACACGCAAGACGAGAAAGAGAAAAACGGCGACGAAAAGUACUUGUGGAUCAAUUGAGAGCAUUAGAAUCCAUUGAGGAUGCUCGUCGAGAAGAAUCGUUAGUUAGCCAUUUAUUGCGUCAAUCACAAUUUGAACGGCGUUUAGCAGUCGAAUUAUUACAAACUCGACAUGAAAAAGAUGUAUUGAGACAAAAUCGAAUUGGUCAUGAAAAAGAAUUAGAACAACGUCGACGACUAGACUUUAUUGAAGCAAUGGAUAGAGAAGCAGAACUGGCUCGAUUAGCACGAAUAGAAUAUGCUGAGCAAGUACGAAAAGAUAAAGAGUUACAUGAUAUCAUUGCUUCUGAUAAAGCGGAAGCACAACAUCAAGAAAAUUUUCAAGUAUGCACAGAAAUUACGUGGCAACUUGUUGAUUUUUCAUUAAAAGUUAGUGAAUACCGUCAAUUAUGUGAGAAUUUAAUACCUGUAAAAUUAUGGCGUGAAUGGAAUGCUUUGUUUAUUGCCGGACAAUCAUUGUUUGAUGAUGAAAAUCGUGCUGAUCAACAGGAUAAACCGAAUAAACUACAUGCACAAACAAUAUUAGAAGAAGAAAGUUUAAAAUUGUUAGAUGAAGGUGAUUUUAACGAAUAUCGAAAUAUGAUUGGUGAGUGGGAACCACCGACACGUGAACAAUUUCCAUUUGAAACACCACCAGUAGAUAACCCUAUCUAUGGUUUUGUUAUUAAUCGAUUACAUCACAUUGUUCACCCACCACCAGAAAAAUUACCGCCACCAUUAUUUCCUGCUUAUGGACUGAAAAUCAUUGUAUUGGGCAAAUCAUUUUCUGGUAAAACAACGGCUCUAAAACGUUAUUGUGAAGAACAUACCAUUGUCAUCAUCAGUUUGGAAAAUCUUGUUCAUGAAGCGAUUGAUGCUUUUAAAAAUAAUGAAAUGAGAGAAGGAGAAGCAGAUUCGGACUCUGAAUCUUCAGUGAUACUGGAUGAGGAUAAAAAACCAGAUGAAAACACAUCUGGAAAUCAAACAGACGGAUCUCCACCUCUUCCAGUACCUGCUAUGCAUGAAUCUGGAACAACAAAAUCAGCCAGACCAAAUCAGACCGAUAAGUUGACUGAUCGUGCCAAAUUAGGAACUAUUCUUACUCAAUCGAUGAAAUUAGGCGAAGCUCUCAGUGAUCAAAUGGCUGUUCAACUAAUAACAGAAAGAUUACGACGAUUAGCCGACGGUGAGGGUUGGAUUAUUGAUGGUUUUCCUGCCACAUAUGAUCAAGCGAAAUUACUUGAAAAUGCACUAUCGGGCUAUGAAGAUGAACAACCGGCAACAUUUGAACCAUUAUUAGCGCCAAAUCCUCGGCCUCCUCCACCUCCCGAGCCGUUUAAAUCAAUCAUAGAUCUUGUUGUACUAUUUAAUAUCAAUAAUGAAACGGUUAUUAAACGAGCAGCAGGAAGAACAUUCGCUCCUCUAGCCGAUAAAGAAUUUCAUGAACAAUUUCGUCCACCACCAGAGGGCGCUGCUACAGGUUUCAACGGACAAGAAAAAGUAUUUUCCGUUAAAGAUCCAUCAAAUGAUAUGGAACAAUUACAACACAGAAUAACACAAUUUCAAGAUAAUUAUCCAAAAGUUGAAAAAUUUUAUGAAAAAUUUUCCACCAAAAAAAUGAUUGAUGCGACCAGUGACGAAGAGACUAUAUAUCAUGAACUAUGUCAUUCAAUUGAUCAAUAUGUUGAUGAUGAAAAAGAAAAAGUGAGAAAAGCUGAAGAACACGCACAAUUUCUAGAAGAUGAGAAACAACGAUUAGCCGAAGAAGAAGAACAAAAACGAAUAGCAGAUGAAGAAGCAGCAGCAGCUGCUGCAGCCGCUGCAGCUGCAGCUGCCGCUGCUGCGCAAGCUCAAGAGCAAGAGUCGGCUGCGGGUACAAAAGAUUCGAAGAAAGGCACAGACAAAUCGAAAAGUAAAUCGAAGGAUGGUCCAUCGAGUGCCAAAAAAGACAGUGCAAAAGGCAAAAAAGGCAAAAAAGACGAAGAGCCCACACCUCCUGUUGUUCCGGUAGAACCUUCUGGUCCACCACCACCGAAACCAGGCUCGGAAGAAUGGGUAUACGUAGACGAGCCAAUUGAUUCUGAAUUGGCUACAAUUUUGUCAAAUUAUUAUGAUUCAGUUGAACUGAAUUAUGUUGAUUCCUGUAAAGUUGUAUUUCGAAAUAUUCGAAGUGAACGUUCUUACAUCAUCGAUCAUUUUUAUCAAAUAAAAACCGAUUAUACAACAUUUUUAAAUAGGCCAGACACAAAACAAGAAUACGUUGAUAUAUUUGUCAAAGAAUUUAAUGCACUUGCUGAUGACGCUCGUGAUGAUGAUGAAUUUAAAAUGGAAUUACAUCAACGUGUUGAAGAUUUAUGUGAUACACUACACGAAAUUGCUUUACAACGAAAAGAAGAAUCAGAAAAAGAACGAGAAAUUAUAAUGACCGAUGGAUGGAUACAAGAUCAUCUUGGCCUUUUAACAAAUCAUUAUGUUACAUUAAUGCAGAGUGAAAUUGAUCGAUAUCAAGAUGCGGUUAGAAUGUUAAGAGAUUAUUAUAAAGCCAUGCAACAACCAAUACCGGACGAAAUGAAACAAGAAUAUGCAAGAUUACCGUUGUUUGAACUCAUGGACUCUAAUCAGCGUCCUGAUUCUGUUGCUGAAAGUCUCGUCGAUUUUGAUCCGUCUAAAGUGGAUGAUACAGCACUAACUGGAAAUGCUGCUUCAUCAUCAUCAAAACAACAACGCAAAGGUGAACGUGUGUCAUCGGCAAAAGGAAAACGAACACCAUCACCAAAAUCACCAAAAAGUCAAGGGAAAAAAGGGAAACAAUUAACGGGUACAGAAACACCAGUAUCACCAACAGGCGGUGGAGAUCAACUAAAAAGUCAAAAACCAAAGCUUCCACUUGUUCCACGUCGUCCAUUAUCCGGAUUUGAAUCAGAUAAGAAGCGUUCACAGAUGAAACGUCGUACAGAUGAUGCUAAUGCUGAACCAUCUCCUCAGCCACCAGAGGAUAUUGAUGAAAGACUUGUGUUUGAUGCUCAUAAAUUAGCAAAUCAAUAUGUGACAGAUAUGUAUAACACUGAACAAGCAAAUGCUGAUAUUGAUCUAUCAGUUUCAGCGGCACCUGGUGGUGGAGCUGCGGGUGGAAAAGAAGCUAAGGGAAAAGAUAAGAAAGCAGCUGCUGGUGGCAAAGGAUCUGCCAAGGGCAAAAAAGGCAAGAAACCCGAAGAAGAACCCGUUGAAGUUGUCAACGAAACACCUGAACAAAAAGCAAAACGUGAAUUGAAAGCAAAAAUGAAAGAAGAAUUUCUUGCUGCUGUUGCGAAUGAAGCAAAAAUAUGUCAAACACGAUUAUUAUUGAUUCGUGAUGUUGCAACAAGAGCAAUAACAAAUUUGAAAUCAAAAGCAGAUGAAACCUAUACAAGAAUGUACGAUUGGUUAGGAGAAAAAUAUAAACAUGAAACAGAAAGUAUUGAAAAUAUGGCUAAAAUAAUUCGUUAUGCAAUUGAAUCAAAAGAAAAAAUUGAACAACAACUUGUAUUAAAUCGUUAUGAAUUUUAUAUAGCUGAAGAUGUAAUUGUUGCGCCUGCGCCUGCUCCUCCUCCGAGACCAGCACCCAUUGAAAUACCAUCGAAUGAAUUAUUUACAAUUGAACAAUUGAAACAAUUAUAUCAACAGUUUUCCGUGACAGCACCAAGCGGUCUGAUAUCAAUAAAAACAUUUAUUGAUUUGUAUUCUGAUUUGAUAGCCGUUACCGUUGGACAAAGACCAUUACCAGAUUUAUGGACAAAUAUGGAUCAGUCACAGAUUGAAUCUCUCGCUACAAUGUUAUCAAAUGGUUCGGAAUUUAUUAAUUGGCGUUUAUGGUUGUUAUUUGCAUCUCAACCGUGGCCAUAUCCCACACAAAAUGAUCUUUUAAAUCUAUUAAAUUUGUACAAAGAAAAAGAUGUUCAAAAUUCUGGUUACAUUAAUUUACAAAUUUUUCGUGAGGUUCCACUUUGGUUUACUAUUGAUCGUCCAAGAACACCUGAUGAUCCAUCAUUACCAAAAGUAUAUGAUCGUUCAAAACAUUUGAAACAAUUUUGGUUUCAAUUAUUUUCUAAUAAUGAUCAAUUAUCUUAUGUGGACAUGUUAUUAUAUUUUGCUGCUGUACCCGAUCCAUUUCAUGGUUUUCUACGUGCAUUAUCCAUAGCUAUGAAUAAACCAAUGCCAAAGUCAGAUCAAUAUCAAUUAGAUAUGCAUUGUUUAACACUGAAUACAGUUGAAUAUGAAAAAAUGUUAGAUAAAAAUGAAAAACAUCCACAUGAUGCACUCGUAUCCAUUGAUGGAUUACAUUUAGUACUCCAUCAUGGUGAAAGACAAUUUGGUGAUACUCAUCGAUUUGCUACAACAGAAGAUCCUGAAGAUUUUGCUUCUAAAGAACGAUUAUGUUCGAUAUGGGAAGAAAUGGAUGCGAAUCGGUCGACAAAAAUUGGUUUAGGUUUAUUAUUAAAUCAUCCGAUUAUCGAAGAUAUGGUAGCAAAUUGUUGUAAAUAUCGAGCACCCGAUUUUAAACAAAUUCUUAAUCAAAAAAAUGAUGAUGGUGAUUCACAUGGUCAUCAAACACCCGAACAAACGACAUUUGCUUGA